AUGGGUCGCGUUCGUACCAAGACCGUCAAGAAGUCCGCCAAGGUCAUCAUUGAGCGUUACUACCCCAGAUUGACCCUGGACUUCGAGACCAACAAGCGCAUCUGUGAUGAGAUCGCCAUCAUCGCUUCCAAGCGUCUCCGCAACAAGAUUGCUGGUUACACCACCCACUUGAUGAAGCGAAUUCAGCGUGGCCCUGUCCGUGGUAUCUCCUUCAAGCUUCAGGAGGAGGAGCGUGAGCGCAAGGAUCAGUUCGUUCCUGAGGUCUCCGCUCUGGACUUCACCCAGAACUCCGAGAGUGGCCAGCUCGACGUCGACACCGAGACCAAGGACCUCCUCAAGCAUCUUGGCUUCGAGUCUAUCCCCGUCAACGUUAUCCCUGUCACUCAGCAGCAGAUUCCCGAGCGUGGACAGCGAUACGGCAACCGCCCUCGCCGCGACUAA